AUGGCCCCUCCAAGCAACGGGAGCGCACCUUACGGUGGUGCGCCUGGCUAUGGCCAACCGCAACAACCUUACCAGCACCACCCGUCGCCAUACCAGAACCAGCCCCCUCACCACCAACAACAGCAGCAGCAACAACAGGGCCAGCAACAACAGGGCCAGCAACAGCCACCGCAGCACCAGCAACAACCAUACCAGCAGCCUCCGCCCCCAUCAGCUCAACACCAGCAGCCGAACGCGCAGCCAAGCCCGGCCUCAACCUCACCAAUCCAGCAGCAACCACCGGCCGCAUCAGGCGAGGCCGGGGCUUCGAGAUUAGAAGCCGUGUCUACCGUGGUAGCCACUCGCAGAUAUGCUCUCGAGGUAGAACAGCAACCCAUUCGCGCUCGGAUGUGUGGCUUCGGCGACAAGGACCGACGACCACUCACGCCUCCACCAGCUUUGAGGCUGGUCGUUACCGACGUCCAAACCGGCCGGGAAGUCGAUGUUAACUCUAUUGACUUCGCGCAAUAUGUUGUGACUGUGGACCUCUGGGACGAGACAGGUACCAGGGAGGUGAAUCUCGUCAGGAGCACUACAGCCACUCCGGCUAUAUCAUCCACCAUCCACGAGUCUUUCAACAACCUGGAGACCAUGCCCUAUCGGGCAGCUAACAUCGCCCCUUAUCCCGCCGCUCACCCUGGUCAAAUGACACUUUACAGCCAGCAUCAAUCACCUGUCAAUCCCUAUGCGCCUAAUCAAUACAGUCAAGUGCAAUCUUACCCGCAGCCACCAGCGUCCAACGGUUUCGGCCAGCCUUCCUACGGAUAUUCCAACGACUUUGCACCUAUGUACCGACCCCCGCAAGUCUUUGAGCCUGGUAUGGGCGGUGCUCAAAGGCUAUCUAUCGGGGGAGCUCCUGGCUCUAGUAUCCAGGGAAUGUUCACCAGGAAUCUGAUCGGGAACUGCGCCGGCAGCGCCUUCAGGCUUCACGACACGAAGGAGAGGAUCGGAAUCUGGUUCGUGAUGCAGGACUUGAGUGUCAGGACCGAGGGCUCAUUUAGGCUCCGAUUCUCCUUUGUUGAUGUCAAACCCACGGCCGACCAGAAGGGCGACGCCCCUGUGAAGACAGGCAGGGCGCCGAUUCUGGCUUCAGUUUUCAGUGACGUCUUCCAGGUCUACUCGGCCAAGAAGUUCCCAGGUGUAUGCGAUAGCACAGAUCUCAGCAAGUGCUUCGCAACCCAAGGCAUCAAGAUUCCGAUCAGGAAAGAAGGCGGCAAAGCAGGCGGAGGCGAUGAUGACGACGACGACGAGUAG